AUGGCGUCGUCCAGCGCCACGCCGUCCGUCGCCGCCGAUACAGGCUCAGGCACAGGCACAGGCAAGCCCGACGCGCACAGCCACGCAGAGCAGCAGACCCGACCCGCGGAACUGAGCAACGAUCCCGCCCGCACGGGAUUCGACCCGCAGACCAAGUGGUGGAUCAACUACUUCAACAUCCUGUCCGGCCGCAUGACAAAGGAGGGCCAGUUCCACUACCGCGAAUGGCGGUACAGGGUCCACGAGGAGCGCGACUGCCGGCGCUGCGAGGAGUACCGCGACUGGCUCCUGGCCUACUCCCCCACGGUGCGCUUUCUUUCCGAAAAGAUCCGCGACCUCGACGGCAAGAUCGACGCCUCCAACAUCGUGUGCCGGCGCUGCCCCUCGCGGCUGGAGCCGGACGGCACCGUGCACCGCCAAGCCGGGGGGUUCGACCCCAACCGCGGCCUCUUGGUUUGUGCCAACGAGAUGCGGGACCGCAAGCACAUGGAAGACACUGUGGCGCACGAGAUGGUGCACGCCUGGGAUCACCUGCGUUGGAAGAUGGACUGGACCGGAGACAAGGACCUGAAGCACGCAGCAUGCACAGAGAUCCGCGCUACCAUGCUAAGCGGCGAGUGUCGUUGGACACGAGAAGCCCUCACCCGUGGCCAGUGGUCAGUAACCCAGCAAUUUCAGAACUGUGUCCGAAGGAGGGCCACGCAAUCCGUCCUGGCCCGACCACGCUGCAAGGACGAAGCCCAAGCCGCAAAGGCCGUAGACGAGGUAUGGGACUCGUGCUUCUCUGAUACCAGACCGUUUGAUGAGGUGUACAGGUAA